UAAAUCUUAUUUGGCAAAGCUCUCCAAAAGUACAGAGAAAAAAAAUUAUGAGUUUUAUUCUAAAAUUAGAUAAAAAUUCUACGAAAAUGUUUUAACUACUCUGUCAGUGAUUUAUAACCAACAAUACAUAGAUUAGUCAUGGCCAAUCUGAAAUUUAAGGGGCCAUAAACAUUUUUUAUACAUUUUUUUCAUACUUUGAAUAUUUUAUCUAUGUAACAAAUCUCUAAAAAAAUAUUGGGAUUCAAACCAAUGUUUCAUUUACUUGUCUCUAUAUCUGAUCAUGAAAUUAGUUUGUCCUUAAUUUUUUAAAAUUGGAAACACUAGUUGACUUAAUGAAUCUUCGAAAUGAUGUCGACUUUAACAUUGUUAAGAAGUUUCAUUUAAUGAAAAGAGCAAAAGCAAAAACAAUAAAAUUAGAAUGUAAUUCUAAAACAAAAAUGGUAAACAUCACAUGUCUCUGCAAAAGAAUUAAAGUAUUCUCAUAAGAUCUUUUCCAACCCACCUCUAUUUCUACAUCUAUAAUAGCAUUUUAGAGGCAAAAUAACUCCAAUCCAUCAAUAUUUUUGUUUAAAAUAGCAAUUGUUACUUUUUUCCUAUACAUUGGAGUAAAACUCAUCUUUAUUAUAGAGUUUAUCUAUUUUAGAGGUAAAAAUAGAUAUAGAAGUUUGUGUUCUUAGUAAUUCAACAAAAGAAAGAGAGAUAAGUUUGUGUUCUUCAUUUUUACCUUAUUUUCUCAUUGUUUGUUAAAGAUAAAUGGAACAAGAUUUGUUCUUUUGAUAGUGUUGUUGCUGCAAGCUCACUCCUCCUUGAAACUGAUUUUCCGUUUCCUCCGCAGAUUCCGCCGCAUUGCAAGCCAUGAAAGCUUAGUGGACAAGGUUCUCUGAGAAUUGGAAAGGAGUAGACCCUUGUGGAAGCAAUUGGGUUGGGAUCUCCUGCUACAACAACAAAGUUGUUUCAAUGUGAGAAAAUGAACUUUUAGUUUGUUCUCUUUUUGGUUUGUUUCUCUUUUCUAAGUUGUAAGUUUGGUGUAGAUCAUUAGGGAAUCUCAAUGUGGAAUGAAAGCUUAGAGAGUCAAUUUCAACCUUAUCAGAACUUCAUAUCUUGUAAGUGUUUUUGUUUCUUUCAAGGAUCCAUUACAUUUUACAAAAAGGACGAAACAAGAAAAAAAUAAUAAAAUAAAAAGCAAAACGCAAAAAAUAACAAAAUAAAAAAACAUAUCAUUUUUGUUUCUUUCAAGGAUUCAUUACCAUUUUGACUAAUUUUUUAAAAACAUUUGGGCCCAAUAACACAAUUUUAAUUUAAUUUCAAUGUCUAAUAAAAUCUUAUAAGUUUAUAACCAAUAGUUUUGUCAAUAAAUAUUUUUUUAUUAGUUUGAACAAUCAAAUUAGAUAUAUAGGUGUUAAUUUUGGUUUAAUUGGUAAAUCUUGUUAACCAAUAUCGUGACAAAAUCAUUGAGAGGGAGUAUAGAAUAAAUAAAUAUUAUUUGGCAAAGCUCUCCAAAAGUACAAAGAAAAAGAAUUAUGAGUUUUAUUCUGAAAUUAGAUAAAAAUUCUACGAAAAUGUUGUAACUACUCUGUCACUGAUUUAUAACCAACAAUACAUAGAUUAGUCAUGGCCGAUCUGAAAUUUAAGGGGCCAUAAACAUUUUUUAUACAUUUUUUCAUAAUUUGAAUAUUUUAUCUAUGUAACAAAUCUCUAAAAAAAUAUUGGGAUUCAAGCCAAUGUUUCAUUUACUUGUCUCUAUAUCUGAUCAUGAAAUUAGUUUGUCCUUAAUUUUUUAAAAUUCAAAACACUAGUUGACUUAAAGAAUCUUCGAAAUGAUGAUGUCGACUUUAACAUUGUUAAGAAGUCCCAUUUAAUGAAAAGAUCAAAAGCAAAAACAAUAAAAUUAGAAUGUAAUUCUAAAACAAAAAUGGUAAACAUCACAUGACUCUACAAAAGAAUUAAAGUGUUAGCAUAAGAACAUUUCCAAACCACCUCUAUUUCUACAUCUAUAAUAGCAUUUAGAGCCAAAAUAACUCUAAUCCAUCUAUAUUUUUGCCUAAAAUAGAUAUUGUUAUUUUUUCCUCUACAUUGGAGUAAAACUCAUCUUUAUUAUAGAAUUUCUCUAUUUUAGAGGUAAAAAUAGAGAGAAGUUUGUGUUCUUAGUAAUUCAACAAAAGAGAGAGAGAGAGAGAUAAGUUUGUGUUCUUCACUUUUACCUUCUUUUCUCAUUGUUUGUUAAAGAUGAAUGGAACACAAUUUGUUCUUUUGAUAGUGUUGUUGCUGCAAGCUCACUCCUCCUUGAAACUGAUUUUCCGUUUCUUCCGCAGAUUCCGCCGCAUUGCAAGCCAUGAAAGCUCAGUGGACAAGGUUCCCUGAGAAUUGGAAAGGAGUAGACCCUUGUGGAAGCAAUUGGGUUGGGAUCUCCUGCUACAACAACAAAGUUGUUUCACUGUGAGAAAAUGAACUUUUAGUUUGUUCUCUUUUUGGUUUGUUUCUCUUUUCUAAGUUGUAAGUUUGGUGUAGAUCAUUAGGGAAUCUCAAUGUGGAAGGAAAGCUUAGAGAGUCAAUUUCAACCUUAUCAGAACUUCAUAUCUUGUAAGUGUUUUUGUUUCUUUCAAAGAUCCAUUACAUUUUACAAAUAGGAAGAAACAAGAAAAAAAUAAUAAAAUAAAAAGCAAAAAAUAACAAAAUAAAAAACAUAUCAUUUUUGUUUCGUUCAAGGAUUCAUUACCAUUUUGACUAAUUUUUUAAAAACAUUUGGGCCCAGUAACACAAUUUUAAUUUAAUUUCAAAGUCUAAUAAAAUCUUAUAAGUUUAUAACCAAUAGUUUUGUCAAUAAAUAUUUUUUUAUUAGUUUGAACAAUCAAAUUAGAUAUAUAGGAGUUAAUUUUGGUUUAAUUGGUAAACCUUGUUAACCAAUAUCGUGACAAAAUCAUUGAGAGGAAGUAUAGAAUAAAUAAAUAUUAUUUGGCAAAGCUCUCCAAAAGUACAGAGAAAAAAGAAUUAUGAGUUUUAUUCUGAAAUUAUAUAAAAAUUCUACGAAAAUGUUGUAACUACUCUGUCACUGAUUUAUAACCAACAAUACAUAGAUUAGUCAUGGGCAAUCUGAAAUUUAAGGGGCCAUAAACAUUUUUUAUACAUUUUUUUCAUAAUUUGAAUAUUUUAUCUAUGUAACAAAUCUCUACAAAAAUAUUGAGAUUCAAGCCAAUGUUUCAUUUACUUGUCUCUAUAUAUGAUCAUGAAAUCAGUUUGUCCUUAAUUUUUUAAAAUUCAAAACACUAGUUGACUUAAAGAAUCUUCGAAAUGAUGAUGUCGACUUUAACAUUGUUAAGAAGUCUCAUUUAAUGAAAAGAUCAAAAGCAAAAACAAUAAAAUUAGAAUAUAAUUCUAAAACAAAAAUGGUAAACAUCACAUGUCUCUGCAAAAGAAUUAAAGUGUUUUCAUAAGAGCAUUUCCAAACCACCUCUAUUUCUACAUCUUUAAUAGCAUUUAGAGGCAAAAUAACUCUAACUCAUCUAUAUUUUUGCCUAAAAUAGAUAUUGUUAUUUUUUUCUCAACAUUGGAGUAAAACUCAUCUUUAUUAUAGAGUUUUUCUAUUUUAGAGGUAAAAAUAGAGAGAAGUUUGUGUUCUUAGUAAUUCAACAAAAGAGAGAGAGAGAGAGAUAAGUUUGUGUUCUUCACUUUUACCUUCUUUUCUCAUUGUUUGUUAAAGAUGAAUGGAACACAAUUUGUUCUUUUGAUAGUGUUGUUGCUGCAAGCUCACUCCUCCUUGAAACUGAUUUUCCGUUUCUUCCGCAGAUUCCGCCGCAUUGCAAGCCAUGAAAGCUCAGUGGACAAGGUUCCCUGAGAAUUGGAAAGGAGUAGACCCUUGUGGAAGCAAUUGGGUUGGGAUCUCCUGCUACAACAACAAAAUUGUUUCAAUAUCAUUAGGGAAUCUCAAUGUGGAAGGAAAGCUUAGAGAGUCAAUUUCAACCUUAUAAGAACUUCAUAUCUUGUAAGUGUUUUUGUUUCUUUCAAGGAUCCAUUACAUUUUAUAAAAAGGAAGAAACAAGAAAAAGAUAAUAAAAUAAAAAGCAAAAAAUAACAAAAUAAAAAACAUAUCAUUUUUGUUUCUUUCAAGGAUCCAUUACCAUUUUGACUAAUUUUUUAAAAACAUUUGGGCCCAAUAACACAAUUUUAAUUUAAUUUCAAUGUCUAAUUAAAUCUUAUAAGUUUAUAACCAAUAGUUUUGUCAAUAAAUAUUUUUUUAUUAGUUUGAACAAUCCAAUUAGAUAUAUAGGUGUUAAUUUUGGUUUAAUUGGUAAAUCUUGUUAACCAAUAUCAUGACAAAAUCAUUGAGAUGGAGUAUAGAAUAAAUAAAUCUUAUUUGGCAAAGCUCUCCAAAAGAACAGAGAAAAUGAAUUAUGAGUUUUAUUCUGAAAUUAGAUAAAAAUUCUACGAAAAUGUUGUAACUACUCUGUCACUGAUUUAUAACCAACAUUACAUAGAUUAGUCAUGGCCGAUCUGAAAUUUAAGGGGCCAUAAACAUUUUUUAUACAUUUUUUUCAUAAUUUGAAUAUUUUAUCUAUGUAACAAAUCUCUAAAAAAAUAUUGGGAAUCAAGCCAAUGUUUCAUUUACUUGUCUCUAUAUCUGAUCAUGAAAUUAGUUUGUCCUUAAUUUUUUAAAAUUCGAAACACUAGUUGACUUAAAGAAUCUUCGAAAUGAUGAUGUCGACUUUAACAUUGUUAAGAAGUCUCAUUUAAUGAAAAGAUCAAAAGCAAAAACAAUAAAAUUAGAAUGUAAUUCUAAAACAAAAAUGGUAAACAUCACAUGUCUCUGCAAAAGAAUUAAAGUGUUUUCAUAAAAGCAUUUCCAAACAAUCUCUAUUUCUACAUCUAUAAUAGCAUUUAGAGGCAAAAUAAUACUAACCCAUCUAUAUUUUUGCCUAAAAUAGAUAUUGUUAUUUUUUUCUCUACAUUGGAGUAAAACUCAUCUUUAUUAUAGAGUUUCUUUAUUUUAGAGGUAAAAAUAGAGAGAAGUUUGUGUUCUUAGUAAUUCAACAAAAGAGAGAGAGAGAUAAGUUUGUGUACUUCACUUUUACCUUCUUUUCCCAUUAUUUGUUAAAGAUGAAUGGAACACAAUUUGUUCUUUUGAUAGUGUUGUUGCUGCAAACUCACUCCUCCUCGAAACUGAUUUUCCGUUUCUUCCGCAGAUUCCGCCGCAUUGCAAGCCAUAAAAGCUCAGUGGACAAGGUUCCCUGAGAAUUGGAAAGGAGUAGACCCUUGUGGAAGCAAUUGGGUUGGGAUCUCCUGCUACAACAACAAAGUUGUUUCAAUGUGAGAAAAUGAACUUUUAGUUGUUCUCUUUUUGCUUUGUUUAUCUUGGAGAGUCAAUUUCAGCCUUAUCAUAACUUCAUAUCUUGUAAGUAUUUUUAUUUCUUUCAAAUAUCCAUUACAUUUUACAAAAAAGGAAAAAAACAAGCAAAAAAUAACAAAAUAAAAAUAAAAAAGUAACAAAAUAAAUACAUAUCAUUUUUGUUUCUUUCAAGGAUCCGUUACCAUUUUGACUGAUUUUUAAUAAAAAUUUUAGGCCCAAUAACAUAAUCUUAAUUUAAUUUAAAUUUUCUAAAUCUAGUAAAAUCUUAUAACCAAUAGCUUUGUACAUAAAUAUUUUUUAUUUAGUUUAAACAAUCCAAUUAGUUAUAUAGAUGCUUAUUUUGCUUUAAAUGGUAAUCUUGUUAACCAAUAUCAUAAAAAGGAAUUUAGAAUUUCAUUAUGAAAUCAGAUAAAAAUUAUACGAAAAAAUUGUAAUUACUCUAUCACUAAUUUUAUAACCAAUAAUACAUAGAUUAGUCUCUGUCCUUUAUUUAUUAUUUUAAAAUUUUAAAAUGUCAGGGAGGGCUUUGUUUCUUUCUACAGUUCUACACUAAUGCUAAAGGAACUUGGACAAGCUAGCUUUAGGUUUUAUUUGUUCUUCUUCUGACAUAACUAGUGUUGUUGCGUUCUAAUUUAAGUUUCCUUCUAUUCUUGUAACAUCUUGUCGGCAGUAUUUGUUCGAUCCACUUAAAUAUGUAUGCCCCAAAGAGGGUCUGCAUGGUUUAGUAAAACCUGCGAGAUUUAUACGUUGAUUACACUGAGGAACAUAAACAGUGGAUGAUAUUUUGUGGCAAUUGGUUGGUCCGUGUCUUUGUGGUAUAGUUGUUGUAUCGAGUUAUUCUCAAGUUAUGUUUUAACUCGAACUUAUAAUCUAAAUAUCCUAGGCAAAUGUGUGGCUAGCUCAACUGAUUGAAAGAGAUCGUUUGUAGACAAUAUCGGAGUAAAGCAAAUGAAUAUAAUUUAUUUGACAUAACAUGAAGUGAAAAGGCUUUGCCCAUCUCUAAUUAUCUUUGAUAUCAUUUUCUUCUCUCUUUUUCCCCCUCUUUCUUUUUCAUUUUUCGCAGAUGCUAAUAUUUAGUCAUCGUCAAUAAUAAAAUAACGACAAAGAAAUGAAAAAGUAUAAUAUUUGUUCUUUCAAAUAAAAUUAGAAAUCUAAGAAAUAUGUCACACUUGCUCGUGAACCUAAUUAAAGACAGCUGUAAAGAAGUCUUCAUCUAUUCUUUUUGAAAUUUAUCGUGGGUCAUAUAAAGAAUUCUAAAUUAAUCUGCUUGAUCUUCAGUAGUAGUCUUCCCAAAUGCAGAACCAACUGUAAUACUACUUUUUUUGGUAAAAAAACUAUAAUAAUACUUGUACACGACUUCAUAAGAUAUAUACUAUAUUAUUCCCGAUCCACCAUCCUAUUGCAACAUCCCUAAACCUAAUAGACUGUUUAGGUUACUAAAUCCAUGAUUAAUGGUUUUAAGUUGUAUAGGGUCUACUCAAAAACCAAACAUACGAAUAGAACCAUAAGCAAAUAAACAGCAUACAAAUAGAACCAUAUGUCAACAUCUUUCAGUCACAUUCUAUCUCUCUCCCUCUCUCUCUUGAUGUGCCCAUAAAUCUUGCUGUCAACAAUUCACAACCUCCUCUUUUUCAUUCCAUCACCCAUCAACAAAAGAAAAAGCUCUUUUAAAUAUUAAAUAUUUCCACUCAAAAACCCUUCGAACAAAAUCUUUUCCCUCUCUCUCUCUCUCGCUCGCUCUCGUUUUCAUUUUCUCUACUCGACUCCAAUCUUUGAUCCAUCAAAUGUCUUCUCGAAACUGCAGAUCAAGAACCAAUCAACUCGCGAAAACAAUCAUUAUUCUCGUUGUUCUUCUUUUCUUUUUGGGUUGCUGCAAUGGAGCAAGAACCACGAACAUGUUCACGAGAUCACCACCGAAACAAACCAACGAAGUUUCACCACCUCAUCAUCAUCAUCACGAUCAUCAAGUACAAAAUCACAAAAGUGUACAGUUCUUGGGGUCCAUGCCACGUCAGUUUCCGGUUCCAGCCUCUGGUCCUUCAAGAAAACAUAACGACAUCGGUUUAGCUAGUACUACUACGACUCGAUCUUCUCCUUGAAGCUCAAAAGAUUUGAUUAAUCAACCUCCUUUUUCUCUCUUUGUUUUGUGGUUUAAUAUUGGUUUAAACAGAUGUAAAUAGGAUUUUAGUUCGAUUUAUUUUCAAAUUAUAGUAUUGGAACUUGCUAGAUCCAUUGAGAUAGUGCAUGUACGUAACUGUAAAGAGGAGACAUAAGGGUCUUUUUGUAGUACAACAAUCAUUGUUCUUUUUGAUUUUCUGACAAGGAAUGUUCCGCCCAUG